AUGAACAUUGAUCAAAGCGCACCACCGUCCGAUCCAGCAAGGAUAGCAUCUCCAACAGCCAAUCUUUCCUAUCGCGCAAGUCCCUUGCCGCCUCCUGCCGCUACUUCAGCCAAACCAUCUGCUGCGACGGCAGCCCUAUCCAACACCACAAGUACAGUCGCAUCUGCUGCGUCACUCUCAGCCAUGGCUACGCCUAGUUUUAUGAACCCGAGCCUUCGAUCUAUGGCACCACCAUAUUCUCACCCCCAGAUAUCGCGCGAUUUCCACAGAUACACUCCGGCACCCAUAGGCUCCUCAUCUUCCCCGGUCAAAGUAUUAAUUCGAAAUCUGCCGCUAGAAACCUCCAGAGAGUCGGUGCGGUUUAUGCUGGUUUGGUCGCAAGAUCUUGUUGAUGUUGAACUACUUCCUGUGGACUCUGCAGAGCCACACUAUCUUACAGCAUUGCUCAAAUUCAGAACAAGGGCAGGCGCUGAGGACGCCAAACAGCUGCUGGAUGGGUGUGCGAACACUUCCAAUAGUGCGCUUUUGAGAGUCGAAAUUAUCAGCGACGAGCCCUCUGUUGCGCAUCAACAGCCUGCAGAACCUGCUCACAACGGGGUCUUUCAGUCAAUGGAGAACAUAUCCCCUCAAACAACCAAUGUCUACCCUGGGCACGACCUUCCUAAGAAUGAGGGCAAAUUGCAACAGAUUUUCUCGCCACAUUCUCCCAUUGGCAAUCACCUGAACGAGCCUGGCAGGGCGACAGGCAAGAGCCUUAUCGCCAAUGAUCCUUAUGACGAUAGUUACGACCCCCUCAAUUUCGUUGAAGACGCACUUUCCUACGACAACGGACCGCGCAGGGCCACUGUUCCCAGUGUUCCCAUCAACGGGAUGAGUUCUCUUUCACUCAACACCAACAUGCCCCCUUCCGCUCCUUCGUCUCUGCCUCAAUACGGCAGCGGAAUGUCAGCACAGUCGGGCCCCAUGUCUCCGUCGGGCAAGGGUCAGUUUGGGUACCAGGCUCCAAACCAAUCACCAUACGGACGCAUGAACUAUCCACACGCCAAUACGGCUGAUCAGAAUCCCCCUUGCAACACUCUGUAUGUUGGUAACCUUCCCAUGGACACGGCGGAAGAAGAACUCAAGACUCUCUUCUCCAAGCAGCGGGGCUACAAACGUCUUUGUUUUCGCACGAAAGGAAAUGGGCCCAUGUGCUUUGUCGAAUUCGAAGAUAUCCCAUUCGCUUCCAAGGCACUGACGGAACUAUAUGGGAAACUUUUGUCCAACAGCAACAAGGGUGGAAUUCGACUCAGCUUCUCUAAGAAUCCCCUUGGUGUACGAGCUGGUCAGAAUCCUGCUCACGCAAACCCAGGUGCACUGGGUCAAAUGAACGGCAACCUUGCCGCUUCUAUGAACGCUUUCGGGUCAGCCAACCGCUCAGCUCCUUUACCACCCCCUGGUCUUCCCCAGCCCAUGCCCGGAAACGGCCGAGGCCCCUUUCAUGGAGGGGCCUCGAUGAACCCCAGCUCCACUGGCACUUUUGGCGGUUUCACGCAUCAAGCCUGGCCUGUUGCCGCGUUCAACAACCAUGUUACGCCAUCGCCUCACAGUGCCCAUGCUCAAUCAUCAGGCUUCAGUUCAGCUUAUAUGCUGGGCAAUUAA